CGCGUAUAUUUGGCGUAACUUCCCUUACUCCUUCCUUUUUGAGCUCCGUGUGGCAGGGACGACAAGCCGAAAUGAGCAAGGUUUCGAGAGACACGUUGUACGAGGCUGUUCGGGAAGUCCAGGCUGGCUCCAUUGCUAAGAGGAGAAAGUUUCUGGAGACGGUGGAGCUUCAGAUCAGCUUGAAGAACUAUGAUCCUCAGAAGGACAAGCGUUUCUCAGGCACUGUCAGACUGAAGACCACCCCGCGUCCCAAGUUCUCUGUUUGUGUGCUUGGUGACCAGCAGCACUGUGAUGAAGCCAAGGCUGCAGAUAUCCCACACAUGGACAUUGAAGCCCUCAAAAAGCUCAACAAGAACAAGAAGCUGGUCAAGAAGCUCGCAAAGAAGUAUGAUGCCUUCCUAGCUUCUGAGUCCCUGAUUAAGCAGAUCCCUCGUAUUCUUGGUCCUGGUCUGAACAAGGCUGGCAAGUUCCCAUCACUGCUCACCCACAAUGAAAACCUGACUACGAAGGUGGAUGAAGUCAAAUCUACCAUCAAGUUCCAAAUGAAGAAGGUGCUUUGUCUGGCUGUGGCAGUGGGCCAUGUGAGGAUGUCUGAGGAUGAGCUGGUGUACAACAUCCAUCUUGCUGUUAACUUCCUGGUGUCUCUGUUGAAGAAGAACUGGCAGAAUGUUCGAGCCCUCUAUAUCAAGAGCACCAUGGGAAAGCCUCAGCGUCUUUAUUAGACUGUCUUUUUGCUUUUCUACAAUAAAUAUGGAGUAAUCCAGAG